AUGUCCAACCAAUCCCACACAAACAGCGCUGGCGUGACCGUUCCCCCAGAGGUAUUUGCCCAAAUGCAGCAGCUACUCCAGAUGUUUCCGACCCUGGCCCCUCCAGCGGCACCUCAAUCAAAUUCUCCAACCGUUCAGCUUCGGACUCCAUCCAACAAUACUCCGGCUCCACCCACUCCCAAUGAUCAUCUAGCUCUAACCAAUGAGUCUCUGGCUACUCCUAUUGAUCGUCCGGCUCCACCUGUUGAUCCUCUGAUUCCAUCCCUUGACCCGCCCCCGACUCCUCAAUUGAACAACAAAGAAGACCGUUCUGAAAAAAACACCAUAUCCGACUCAGACGCGGACAAUGUUGGUUCAUCUCAUGGAAAAGAAGCAGGAAAGGCCUCAAUGUCUCUACCUCUACCAAACUUCCUGUGA